CAUCAUGGCCAAGAUGACACCAGGGGAGAUGCUGGAGGACAUGCCACGCUCGGAGCACAGGAGCUCCUCCAGCAGCUGCUCUAGGGCGAAGCAGAUAAAGAACAAGGCAGGGAAGAAGACAGUGGAGUGGUGGGCUCCAGGGAACGAGGCCAUCAUGGCCAAGAUGAGUGUCCGGGAGAUGCUGGAGGACAUGCCACGCUCGGAGCACAGGAGCUCCAGCAGCUCCUCUGAGGAGCCUGAGCUAAAGAACCAGGCAGGGAAGAAGAUAGAGAAGUGGUGGGCCCCAGGGAACGAGGCCAUCAUGGCCAAGAUGACAACACGGGAGAUGCUGGAGAACAUGCCUGCCUUGGACCCCUGGAGCUCCAGCAGCGACUCUGAGGAGCCUGAGCUAAAGAACCAGGCAGGGAAGAAGAUAGAGAAGUGGUGGGCCCCAGGGAACGAGGCCAUCAUGGCCAAGAUGACAACACGGGAGAUGCUGGAGAACAUGCCUGCCUUGGACCCCUGGAGCUCCAGCAGCGACUCUGAGGAGCCUGAGCUAAAGAACCAGGCAGGGAAGAAGAUAGAGAAGUGGUGGGCCCCAGGGAACGAGGCCAUCAUGGCCAAGAUGACAACACGGGAGAUGCUGGAGAACAUGCCUGCCUUGGACCCCUGGAGCUCCAUCAGCUUCUCUGAGGAGGAGGAGGCAGCCAGGAGCAGGGCAACAAAGAGGAGGAGCCAGGAGCCCAGGACCAUGCCGGGGGUCUCCGCUGCCAAGUCCCCUCAGAGCUCUGCAUCUCCCUCGGGCUCCAAUGUCCAACAGCCUCUCCAGCCUUCGGAGCAGCAGAAGGAGCCUGGCAAAGAGCCGAGCCCAGGCGGGGUCCAAGUCCCAGAGCCUGGCACGGAGCAGAGCCAGGACAGUAGCCAGCAGCCGCAGCAGCCUACGCCUGCAGCCGCCCGGGCGAGUGACGCCGGGGCACAGAGCAGCGCAGAGGAGCCCAGCAGUGCAGGGAGGAAGCCGAGCACGCAGCAAGCUGGGCUCUGGAGCCGCCUGAAGAGCUGCUGCAUUCGCUGCUGGCUCUGCAGAUGCUGCCCCUGUUUGCAGCGCUGCUGCCCCUGCUUGCAGCGCCGCUGCCCCUGUUGGCAGCGGAAGAAGCAGGAGGUCCCCUAGGGGACAGCCCGGGGGGGAGGGACGGGGACUGGUGGGGUGCAGAAAUGGGCUUCAUCUCUUCAACACAGGCCAGGGGUUCCCAUCACCGUCAGUCCGUGCAGGGCUUCCACGCCUGAGGUCAAAGGGAGCAGCUCAGCACCUCCUCAGCUCCUCACAGCUUCCCUACCAGACGGGGAAGGCUGCGGGGGGCUGCUGGGCAGAGGAGGGGACAAGGAGGAAGCCACUGUCCCCCUACAGGAGCUCCUGGACUCCCUGCCCCGUGUGCAGCCUCUGGGCUCCCUGCGUGUCUGCAACAGCAGCUGUGGAAACUCCAAGUGCGGUAGGACGCUGCAACGGCGAACUCCC